UAAAAAAACAAAUGUAAAAACUUGUAAACUUCGCUAAGCUAUAAAUUAGCAUAUAUAAAGAAUGAUAGCUGACUGAUAGAAAGCAACAAGAAAACCAAUAGGAGGGAGGAAAAUCAAAGCCAAAAAAAAUUCCUAGAAUCAUUUGAGAGAAGAGAAAAUGCAGUCAUCUUGUCGAAAUGAGGAAUCUGUGUCAUGCCUUAAUGGCUGUUGCCCAACCCCACUCCUCAACUUGCAAGCAACUGAGAACAGAGAGUCCAAGUCCAGAAGCACAACUUCAGCUUGCCGCCACAACUUUGCAGCAGCAACUACAUCCUCUAUCUUCCCAAACACCAAGUUUACAAACCAUGAGUCUCUCCCAUCUUUGCAAGAAUCAUUCAUUGAAUUCAGAAAAGCUUACCCUCAGUAUUCUGAUACCUAUCAAGCUGAUCAAAUAAGAGCCCAAGAAUACUACCAUCUCUCCCUUUCCAACCAUACCUGUCUUGAUUACAUUGGCAUAGGCCUUUUCUCCUAUUCUCAGCUGCAAAAUCACGACCCUUCAAGAAAACAAAUUGCCGUAUCUUCUUCUUCUUCCUCUCCCCCACCACCACCACCAUCACCUCCUCAAAAAUCAGAUUUCCCCUUCUUUAGUAUAUCCUACAAGACGGGGAAUCUAAAGAUUUUGCUACUUCAUGGUGGGCAAGAAUCAGAUUUUGAAUCUGCAAUGAAGAAAAGGAUCAUGGGGUUCCUUAAUAUCUCCGAAAACGACUACAGCAUGGUUUUCACAGCAAAUAGAACCUCAGCUUUUAAACUUUUGUCAGAAGCUUACCCGUUCCAAUCUAGUAGGAAGCUUCUAACAGUUUAUGACUAUCAGAGUGAGGCAGUGGAAGCAAUGGCAAGUAGCUCAGAGAAGAGAGGAGCACAAAUCACGUCAGCUGAAUUUUCAUGGCCAAGACUAAGGAUUCAGUCAGCAAAAUUGAGGAAGAUAAUUGAGAGUAAAAAGAAGAAAAAGAAGAGGGGACUCUUUGUCUUCCCACUUCAUUCUAGAAUAACAGGAGCUAGAUAUCCUUACCUCUGGAUGAGCAUUGCACAAGAGAAUGGAUGGCACAUAUUGAUUGAUGCUUGUGCAUUAGGACCAAAGGACAUGGAUAGCUUUGGCCUCUCUUUAUUUCAACCAGACUUUCUCAUUUGUUCCUUCUACAAGGUUUUUGGGGAUAACCCUUCUGGUUUUGGAUGCCUCUUUGUCAAGAAGUCUACUAUUCCAAUCCUGGAAGAAUCUAUAAGUCCAGGGAUUGUUAAUCUUGUCCCUGCAAAGAAGCUGUCUUGGUUAGUGGAUGAGUCCUCCAGUACUGAAACAGAAUUUGAAGAGACACCGAGAGCUGGACUACAAGAAGAUAAAUUGCCAACGUCAAGCUCUUUCUCUGGUCGUAUAGAAGCUACGGAGUCUGGAAGAUUCAAACUAGAGGAACCUACAGAAUCAAAAGAAUCUGAAGCUUCUGAAAUUGGGGAAUCAGAUAGAAGUAUUGAAUUAACUCAACGUGGAAAUGCCAAAAGCAGCAGAAAUGAGAGCUUGAAAAUUGAAUGCGGGGGCUUGGACCUGGUGGACUCAUUGGGACUAAUACUGAUCACUAACAGAGCAAGGUACCUGGUCAAUUGGCUUGUGAGCUCUUUCAUGAAGCUUGAUCAUCCUAACACAGAGGGGAAACCCCUGGUAAGAAUAUAUGGGCCAAAGAUAAAAUUUGACAGAGGACCUGCAUUGGCAUUCAAUGUAUUUGAUUGGAAAGGAGAAAAGGUUGAGCCUGUACUUGUACAAAAACUUGCUGAUAGAAGCAACAUAUCUCUAAGCUAUGGAUUCUUGAAAAAUAUUUGGUUCUCAGAUAAGUACAGAGAAGAGAAGGAGAGAGUACUAGAGAAAAGAGAGAGUGGCUCAGAGAAAAUGGUGAAAAACAAGAGGAAAGACAAAACUGAUCAAGGAAUCACUGUCGUUACAGCAGCACUUGGGUUCCUGACUAAUUUUCAAGACACCUACAAGCUUUGGGCUUUUGUUGCUCGGUUCUUGGAUGCAGACUUUGUAGAGAAGGAGAGGUGGAGAUAUACUGCUCUUAAUCAGAAAACAAUUGAAGUUUAAGAAUGAAAUUAUUCAUUUAUUCUUCAGGAUGACGGAGUUCAGAAAUUGAAGCCGGUGCAAUCAAGUCAAGGUUUUUAAACAAAUGAAAAAGUAAAUUGUCAUAGUAGAGGUAAUCCCCAUUUGUUCUUUCAUUGAAUGAGUUUCAGAAAUUUUCAUUUCUCAUGAAUAUACUUCCGUUCCAAAUUUA